ACCUCAGUCGACUCUCCUGUCUGUUUGCAGUCUUUGUUAGCCGUAAUUGCACCCUGGUGUAUUAUUUCCCACCUGUUGGAGGAAGGCGGCGGUCAUAGGGGCUUGGUGACGCCUCCCAACCGUCUGACAGCGGCAUAGUUCCGGGUUUGUUUCCAGCCGAGAGCUGCUCGAUACUAACCACCGCCACCACAACUGCUACAACGGUUACUGCGGCCGCGUCUCCUGCCGCUGGCACCAUGUCUAUUUUACUGGAAGGUCGGUUCAAAGAACUUCCUCCCGACAAGUCCAUCGACACCAAAGCGUUCUUGGAUUCUGUUUCUCGCCUUCCUGCAUUCUUUGACUGCCUCGGAUCAUCUGUGUUCUCUGUCAUCAAGUCUGACAUCAACGGCAACAUAACGAAAAUUAGAAAUGUGUACGAAAAGGAUCCCGCUAAGCACGUCACCCUACGACACAUCCUGGAGGCCGAGAGGGAAGAACACAGAGGCGAGUGGCCCAAAGUCGGUGCGACAUUAGCCCUAAUGUGGCUCAAAAGGGGGCUCCGUUUUAUACAGAUCCUGUUACAGAGUUUAGCAGACGGCGAGAGAGACGAGAACAAACCCAACUACAUACACACCAACAUCAAAAAGGCCUAUGAGCAGGCGCUGAAGAGGUACCACGGCUGGGUGGUUCAAAAGGUUUUCCAGGCGGCUUUGCUCGCAGCUCCGUAUAGAUCAAACUUCCUCAAGGCUCUGUCAAACGGAGAGGAAACGACGGAGGACGACUGUCUGGAGAAAGUGCGUCAGUUCCUGGUCAAUUACACGGCCACCGUAGACGCCAUCUACGAGAUGUACACACACCUGAACGCAGAGCUGGACUACACUGUUUAACCUCGGACUCUAUGGAAGUAAAGUUUAAAAAAAAAAACCCUCUGGUGUCUCUCUGAAGCGUCAGACUGACCCAGUUUUUAAAGAAUGUUUUUAAAAGAAUUGUUUUAAUUUAUUUAUAAAUAACGCUACUGUAAGAAAUGUUUUGUUUAAAGAGUGACUCUGACAGAAUAAUCAUUUUCUUGUGUGUUGUUUCUCGUUCUUGUUACAAUUGUACAAUUGGGGCGGUUAAGGAUGUGGACUUGUGUUCGGAAGGUCGCAGGUUUGAAUCCACGAUGGGUUUAACGCAGAGGGUUUCGUUGCUUCACGAUGGAAAUAAUUCACUUUCACUAAUCGUUGAUGGAUUCUCAGUGACUGAGGAGGAAAAUACUUGACUGUAAACAGCAUUCUGGGUAAUAGUUACAUGACUGUGUUUUGAAUGUAGACGUAUUAAUACAUUUCUGACACUUUUU